UGGUUCUGGUUUAGAGAAGAAAAAUGAAUGCGCUGAUGAUGCUUCUAAUUCUUGCUCCAUGUUGCUUCUUCUUCAUAGCUUUAAUAAAGUUACUUUAUGAUUACCUAUGGAUACCCCUCCGUAUUCAGCAUAUGCUGAAUUCACAAGGGAUCAAAGGACCUCCUUACAGAUUCAUCCAUGGCAACAACAAGGAAGUUACCAAAAUGAAACAAAAAGCUUUAAGUAAAUCUGUGGGCUUGACAGAUGAUUUAUUUCCCAAAGUACAGCCACAUAUUUACACCUGGACCAACAGAUAUGGGAAGAAUUUUGUUUAUUGGAACGGUGCUCGAGCUGAAUUGGUGAUUUCAGAGCCUGAAUUAGUCAAAGAGGUUCUGAAAAAUAGUGAACAAAUUUUUCAGAAAAAGAAACUUUCAGAUAUUGGUAGGAAGUUCUUGGGGAAUGGGCUUAUAUUCAUUGAGGGGGAAAAAUGGGCAAAGCAUCGAAAGCUGGCCAAUCACACUUUCCAUGGGGAAAGCCUAAAGAACAUGACUCCAGCAAUAAUUGCUAGUGUUGAAACAAUGCUAGAAAAGUGGAAAGGCCAAGAAGGCAAAGAGAUUGAAGUGUACCAAGAAUUUAGGUUAUUAACUUCAGAAGUGAUUUCCAGAACAGCAUUUGGUAGCAAUUACAUGGAAGGGGAGAAGAUAUUUGCCAUCUUGAGAAAGUUGACAGUAAUUAUGAGUCGAAAUCUUUCCAAGACUAGAAUUCCUUUGAUCAGCAAGUUGUGGAAAUCUGCUGAUUUGCUAGAGGCUGAAAAACUUUCAAAAGAAAUAAAAGAUCGUGUGAUGAAGAUUGUUAAGAAAAGAGAAGACAAAGUUGUGAAUGAAGAAGUCAAUAGCUUUGGCAGUGAUUUUCUUGGAUUACUUCUAAAUGCCUAUCAUGAUUCGGAUGCGAAAAACAGGCUUUCCUUGGAAGACGUGGUAGCUGAAUGCAAAACAUUCUAUUUUGCUGGACAAGAAACUGUUAAUUCCUUACUUGCAUGGAUAGUCUUGCAUUUGGCAAUCCACGGAGAUUGGCAAGAAAAAGCGAGAAGAGAGGUGAUUGACAUAUUUGGUAACCAAAAUCCACAUCUCGAAGGCAUCGCGAAACUCAAAAUAAUGACCAUGAUCAUCAAUGAAACUCUAAGAUUGUAUGGUCCAUCAAAUGGCCUGGCAAGAGCAGUUACAAGAGAAGUUCAGUUGGGAAAACUACUCUUGCCUGCUAAUAUAGAUAUUCUGCCUUUAAAUAUUGGACUUCACCGUGACCCUCACUUUUGGGGAGAUGAUGUGCAUCAUUUUAAACCCGAGAGAUUCGCUGAAGGGAUUGCCAAAGCUACCAAUUACACCACGGCUGCAUUUUUUCCCUUCGGGUUGGGACCUCGAUCUUGUGUUGGUAUGACAUUUGCAACAAUAGAAACAAAGGUUGCUCUCUCCAUGAUUCUACAACGUUACACAAUUACCCUCUCCCCUGCCUAUGUCCACUCUCCAAUACCUAUUCUCACCCUUCGACCACAACAUGGAAUUCAGGUAAUACUUGAGCCGAUACAUAGUAAUGCUUGAAGUACAUAGCUGCUAAGAAAUAAGGGUUUAACAUGGUUCAUGUAUUUUAGUUUUAAAAGAUGACAUUUAAUAUGUAUAAGGUUCUAGCAUUUGCAACCCCUUCCCUCCUAUGGUGUGCCCACCUUCAUACAUAAUGAAAUGCAAGUAGCUACUUAUUUCCAAGAUGCUAAAACACACAAUCAAUAAAGAAGAAUAUGUCGAGGCAAGUUUUGGGAGCAGUGACUCGAGAAAUGACAACUGCGUUUGGCACGCGCAGGUCACAUAACUUUUAGCAUGUUUGAAAAAAAAUAUUUUGAUUACUUGCUUGCAUCUUUUUUAGGAUUUUGUGCAUCCAAUCUUGUGUUUAUUAUUUAAUUAAUCUCAGAUUGAUUUUUCUUAAA